AUGAAAAAAGAAGAAAAAGAAGAAAAAGAAUAGUAAGUAGAAUAGUAAGUAGAAUAAAAAAUACAAUAAGUUUCUAAUUAAGAACUUGUUUUUAAAAAACCAUAAGGUAGGCCUUAAUAUUCUAAUAAUACGACAAUGAAAUAAUAAUAAGAUGAAAAAAUACUUUAAAGUGAAACUUCACCCUAGUGUACGGAUUAACGUAUUCUUGAACUUGGCAUGAAAGUGUAUAGUACGAAUACACCUAUCAUAAAAACAACUAGAAUAAAUGCACUUAAUAUGGAUACAUAUACCAUUAAUCCUGAAUCCUAAAUUAUGUUUAGUAUGUUUAGAAACAAACAAUAUCCUGUAAUCGAAAGUAAAGAUUUUUCAGGGGUAGCUAUAAAGCCUAGAUUACCUAUAUCAAGUUAAGGUCAAAUUCCAGAAUUUAAAUUCUAAGAAAUAAAUAUGGAAGAAAUAAUUGAUAAUCUUAAUGAAUGCUUUUUAAUUAAAUAACAGUUAUCUGAAGGAAUAUCUUAUUUUAUUAAAAAAUCUGUUCCGAAUUUGAAAACAUUUGAUGAUGAAAUGAACUCGAAGGAUAAAUAAAUUAUUUCAACAAAAAUGAUUUAUUUCCAUUAAAAGGAAAUUGAAAAUUUAAUGGAUAAAAUGUAAAAAAUGUUUAAUUAAGAUUUGAGCAUAUAAUUUAACUUAUAUUUUGCUUUUGCUGUGAUGAAAAAAUUAUUAUUCUCAUGUGAUUUUUACGGAGAGCCUUUAGUAAUAUUUGAAUUGGAUAAAUUUAUUAUAGCUAAUGAAGAACUUCAAAAAAGCUACACCGGAUAGGAAUUUAAUAAGAAAAAUGAUAUAAAUAAUCUUCCAUACUUCUUUAAUGUUCAAUCUAAUCCAUGCAUUUACAGAAUAGAAUAAAAUAAAUAAUUAAAAAUAGUAUAUGAAAAACUCAACAAGAGAUUAUUUUGA